GAAGGGAGGAUGACAACUUCAAAGAGGAUCACACUUUGUCUGAUAUUUCCACUUCUUGUAGAGAUGGAUGUGGUAACUGGUACUGGGUCCUCAUCUAUACUUCAGGACAGUGGUUUCACAUCAGCCAACGUUGGCGACGCAAUGAUUGUGCACUGCUUCUAUAAAGGCCACAUAGCCAUGCAUUUCUCCUGGUACAAGCAACCCUUUGGAGAUAAGCUUCAACUCUGCUCAACUGUCUAUAAGUUUGACAGGAACGCAACCUUUUACCAUGAGUUUAGGGAUAACCCUCGAUUCUCAGUGGAAAACGGCCAAGAAAAGAAUCACCUAAAGAUCUCAGACAUGCAGCUCUCUGAUUCAGGUACAUACUACUGUGGAAGCUCUUAUGGCAACAAGGUGGAGUUGGGAGAAGGAGCCAUUCUCUUAGUAAAAGGAUCAGGGUCCAGAAACAUAUCUGUACUCCAGCACCCUGUGUCUGAGUCAGUCCAGCCAGGAGACUCUGUGACUCUGAACUGUACAAUACACACUGAGACCUGUGCAGGAGAACACAGUGUCUAUUGGUUCAGACAUGCCUCAGGAGAAUCCCUUCCAGGAGUCAUUUACACCCAUGGAAACAGGAGUGAUCAGUGUGAGAAGAGCCCUGAGGCUUGGUCUCCUACACAGAGCUGUGUCUACAACCUCCCCAAGAGGAACCUCAGCCUCUCUGAUGCUGGGACUUACUACUGUGCUGUGGCCUCAUGUGGGGAGAUUCUGUUUGGGAACGGGACCAAGCUGGACAUUCAAGUUCCAGAACAUCAUUCUCCAUUUGAUCUGAGUCCUACUGUUCUGUCAUUGGUCAUCUCCAACAUCUUUCUGGGGAUAGUGACCCUUCUUCUUGUCUGGGCGCUGUGCAAGACUCUGAACAGAGAUAGCAGAGGGAGGACUGAUGUCCCAACGUCCCAGGGCAAUCAGAAUCAAGACAGUGACGUGUUGAACUACGCAGCUGUCAGUUUCACCCCCAAGAAGAAGUCCUCCUCUAGAACAGCGAGAAAGAAGACCAGCAGAGAGGAUGCAGUGUACUCUGAUGUCAGAUACCUUCAGCAGCAGUGAAAGAUAUCCCCACUGUCACAGACUACAAAAACAAGUUUUACAAUUUGUAGCAAAAUAAAACUGCUUUUAGUACCAAAAAUUACUAUGGAAUUUUCAAUGUAACAAAUAAACUGUUGUUUUAA